CUGACUCUGCUGGUGGAAAAUGGCCACCGCAGCAGAGGACCCUCACCUGGGUGCAGGCCCUGAUGAUGAGGACGGGUCUCUGUCGGGUUGGGACUCAGACAGCAUCCUGUCCGACGACUCUGUGCUGCCAGACUACACGCCGGAGACAUCCGACGGGCCGACGGCAUGCACGCUGUACCAAGCAUGCGCCCGUAAUGACCAGGCCUCUCUACGGAGGGUUCUGGAGAGAGGGGUGACAAGGGAAGAGGUCAUGGACUUGGACAUCAAUAACUGGAAUGGCUUGAUGGUGGCUUGCUGCAAAGGAUUCAUAGACAUUGUGUAUGGUCUGAAUACCUGCCCCUACAUAGACAUCAACCAUCAGGACAACGAAGGCAACACAGCACUGAUGAUUGCAUCCCAAGCAGGUCACGUUAACACGGUCAUGUACCUCCUAAACUAUUACCCCGGAAUAGACACAGAAAUAAAAGACUGCCGUGGCUUCACAGCCCUCAUCAAAGCUGCAAUGACGGGCCGCGAUGACGUGGUUGCUGCGCUCGUGAUGGCCGGGGCUGACAUCAACGUAACAGACACCACGAGAGGAAAGUGCGCUCAGGACUGGGCGCUAAAAACAGGUCGCUAUGAGACACUGUAUCGUCUGCGCCGCCUCAAAAUGAGGCCAAAAGCUGAGCAGUUUUGUGAAAGCUACAUCCCGGAGUGGCCUGAGCUCAAGGAGAGGGUCGCAAAGGCUAUGGCGGAAAAAAGCACCCGGGAAAAAAUCACCCAUCACAUUAAGAACACAUUUGGAUUCCGAUUUCCUCAUGACCCCGAGGAUAACGGAGUUUUGGACCAUAUGGUGCGGAUGACCACCAGUAUCCACAGCCCCCUCAUUUCCACUGGGUGUCGUCCACUGUGCCCCACCAGUCCCCCUGAAUUGGGCAAGCGGCGCCUCGCCGUACCAGAGCUGAUGAAGAAACACUCCGAGAAGGAACUGGAGGAAAGUUCCGUGUGCCACAGCAACGGCUCCGUGUCACACAUCAUUCCCUCCAUCCACUCGGCUGACUCCAUCGCGACAACCUGCUGCGCCGACGCUGAGAGGAGGGGCAGCAUCCUCUCACUGGCCUCCACCAAGGUCGCCUCCAAGUUCAUCCCUCGAAGUAUGGCCAGGAGAAACAGCGUGUUCCCUUCGGGAUGUAUCCCCCAGAUCAAUAUCAACAGACCAACAGAGGCCACGCCAAAGAAAGAAAAGAAGAAGAAGGCAGAGAAAGGCUACCUGGAACCACCAAAGUGGAAAUAUAAGGAGAUCAAGGAAGAAAAGAAGAAGGAGAAAAAGGAGAAAGAAAAAAAUGAGAAAAAAAGAGAACACAACCGCACAAAGACCAAAAAAUAACUUAAUUCCUAAAGCUUUAUUAUUUCAGAACCGAAGUUUUUUUUUUUUUUUUAAAUAAUUACUACUCAGGGUUUCAAAACAGUCAUGAUUGAUUCAUGAAAACAAAUAAGCUGAGAAACACAGUUUCUGUUCAAGCAGUGGAACCUCGGUUUUCAUAUGCUCUAGUUUUUGUCCAGUUUUUGUCUUUUUUUUUUUUGCCAAAAUUUUGUCACAGUUUUCAUACAUCUACCGGUACUCAAUUUUCAUGAAGUUGAAAAUGGUUGUCGAUAUUCAUUUCAGGGCAUAGAAUUAAUUGCAAAAUACUGAGUAGUUGAAGGUUAAUCUGUCCAUUUCAUUAAUUAGUUACAUUUAUUUCACACUGAUUUCGGUGUAUUAAACUACAGUUGUUCUCCUAAAAUAUAUCAUUAUUAAUAUUUGUUGUUGGGUAGGGUGGAAUAGACAAAUUGGAUUUGCAUUAUUUUCUAUGGGAAAUAUUUCUUCAGUCUCUUAAAGAACAUGAUAGUUAUUAGUUUUCUUUUUUAUCGGCUUUGAUACAAUAUGUAAAACCUAUGGCUACUGAUUCAGUUUCUUUGGUGCAAAUUAUGCACCGAGGCAUCUAUUGCAACUACCUCAUAAGUUCAAAAGGCACAGACAUGACUACACGAGGGAUGGGCAAUUUCUGGUUAGUUGUAUUUAUUCAUUUCUUCAAUUCAUUCAUCUAAUUAAAUAAUUAGUUAAUGUAUUCAAUAUAUCCAGAUAAUUAUUUAAAAUUUGUGGGGAAAAAAUAGACAUCAACAUUCAAAUAUUCAAAUAUAUUUUAAUCAAAUAAUUGUCUCAUUAAACCCAAUUAAAUAUGAAUACAAUUAAUAUGAGAAUGAAUUAUUUACAUCCACGGGAAAAAAAAUGUGAACCGAGCAAAAACAUCUGGUGCUUAUUUGUGAACUACACCAAAAUUGUCGGUGUCAACCCCUCUGAAUAUUGACACACAUAAGCAUAUUAAUUAAUAUUAAUCGUUAUCAUGAUGUGCAUUUAUUUUAUCGUCUGUUUGGCAAAUAUAUGAUUUACUGAAUAAAAUAAAAAAUGUAUAUGUUGUAAAUAUGGAGCAAACUUGCAUUAAAACUGAGAAUGCCAGACAGUAAUCCUCAAAUGUUAAGAAUUUAAUGUAUUAUUUUGCCCAAUGCGUUUUAGAUAGAUAGAUAGAUAGAUAGAUAGAUAG